AUGCAAGAAUCGGAAGAAAUUUUAUUUAGCUGCAAUGUAAGAACUUUAGUGGAUCGGACUGUAUCAGAAAGACUUGAACGUCAGUAUGCUCUGAUAGCUUUGGAGUUGAACCAUUAUGAUAUAGACAAAGCAGCCUUGAGCGAGACCCGCUUACCUAAGUACGACAGUUUUAGUGACCAUGGUUAUACUUUCUUCUGCAGUGGAAAAGGUAGGCAGGAAAGGAGAGAGUUUGGAGUAGGAUUAGCAAUAAAGGAUAGUAUUACUCGACAGCUUUAGCAGGAACACGCUGACUAACGAUAGACUUAUUAAGCUUAAAUUGCCACUUGGUAAAAACAAGUAAGCCACCAUCAUCAGUGCUUACGCUCCAACUAUGGAGAAUCCGGAUGAUACCAAAGAAAACUUCUACAGCAGCCUCCGGACAGCAAUAAGGAAAAUACCACCUGGAGAUAAACUCGUGCUUAUUGGUGACUUCAUCGCUCGUGUAGGAACGGAUGCUAAAAAAUGGCCUGGAGUCACUGGCUAUCAUGGAAUUGGGAAGUGCGAUUCCAACGGUGAACCUCUGCUAGCACUCUGCUCAGAAAAUGAACUGACUAUAAUAAACACUGUCUUUAAGCACAGGGAACGAUAUAAAGAACAUUUCUUGGAAAGAAAAUAUCCCAAACAAAGUGGUUCUAGAGAAGGCUGGCCUUCCACCUAUUGCUGA